AUGCAAAAGGUAGCACUUGCUACAUUGACUUUAGCAGAAGAGGCAUACGAGUGGUUGCUGUUAGUGAAGGGUCAAUAUGAAGUCAAAGACUGCCCUAAGGCCAAGCAAAAGGGUGCAAGCAGUUCAUCUGGGUCAGUUAAGAAACCAAAUACAAAGGCUACUACCGAAAAGGAACCAAUGACACAAGGCAGAGUCUUUGCGCUUAUCCCAGGUGAAGCUCGGAAUACUGAAACAGUGGUGUCUGGUACACUCUCAAUUUGUACUCGAGAUGCUUAUGCUCUGAUAGAUUCAGGUUCCACACAUUCAUUUAUAUCUAGGAAGUUUGUGAAUAAACUGGAUAAGAAGCUAGAACCUUUGGAAUAUUUGUUGUUAAUGUCUACAUCGUCAGGUGAAUCCAUGAUUUGUACAUUUAUUUACCAAGAUGGUGAUAUAGUAGUUGGGAGUGCUAGUUUGACUAUAGAUUUACUACCAAUUGAUAUGGAGCACUUCGAUGUAAUUUUGGGUAUAGAUUGA